UGAAAAAACUCCUACUUCUUGCACGUAAUAAAAUCUGUUUUUAUUUCUGUUUACUUCGUAAAAAAAAAUCAUUACGGUGAAAUAUUUAAGUGAUUGCUAUUAUUAAAACAUAAUGUCAAUUCUUAAUUGGGAGAUGCAUCCGUAGAUUACGGUCGCCUUGGAGAAUGUUUUUCAGUGAAAGGUGUUAAAAUGUGUCGGGCGUUGUUGUUUGUGUAAUAAGUUGAGAAAUCAUCAAAACAAUGGUUCCUGCGCCGAGUUGUCCCUUAAGUUGGGAUUACUGGACGUCCACGCCGUCGGAUUACGUAGAUUUAACGUGUUUGAUGCCAAAUUCAAUUUAUUUACCAGUAUCAGUUAGCUGGGAUGCAACUCUUCAAGAUGUUAAGGAGGAAAUAUGGGACUUGGCGGGAAAGAUGCCACUCUUUGGCAUGCUUCGAGAAAUGUCUGGUUAUGUAUUUCAAUUCAUCAACUCAUUGGCUGUUCCUGAAGAAGUUGAUGAUGAGAAUAAGCGUGUUCGGGACAUACGACCAGUAUUUGGAGUGCUCAUGAUAAUUGAGAGAUCUAUAGAUAAGCCUGGAGAGACCUUGCUUAACACGCAGAUUAGCAGAUUAAUUGGAAAAGGUUUAAAUGAAUUUGAUAGUUUAAGAAGUUCAGAAGUAAAUGACUUUCGUAUGCGAAUGAGAUGCCUAGCUGAAGAGAGUUUAAUGAAGCGUGCACAGAGCACACCCUUAGACAGAUUAAAAUACCACUGCCCACCGAGACUGGCUGACAGCCCAUCUGUACCUAUUACACUUAAUAGCCAUUUAAAUAAUAAUUGUUUUAUACUUGUCACUAAAGUUGCCAAUACAGAGAUCUCAUUUACAUCUAACGUAUCCGUAAACCUCACACCACAGCAACACGUGGAUACAAUAUUUCGCAAGAAAGCGAACUCGCUAAAUAUGCGAGGAGAACAACCACGAAAUUAUGUGUUAAAGGUGUGUGGUAGGGAGGAAUACCUAUUAGGAGAUUAUCCGCUCAUACAAUUCCUCUACAUACAAGACAUGCUCGCUAAGGACGGCGUACCUCAGGUCAUGACUGUCAGUAUGGAUAAAAUAACUUACUGUGAUAUGCAAUACUACGCGCUGCCGGAGAGAAGAAGACUUACAUCGGAGCAAUCAAACACAAUACGAAAGAAAAAGAAUCAUGAGUCCUCGUGGAAGAUUGAGUGGAACUACUCCUGUUUGAUACAGACUGUUGGUGGACUGAACGUGGAUCCGGGGAGACUUGUUGAGGUCGUAUGCCAAGCCGGUAUAUACCACGGUGGCAAGUCACUCUGUGAACCCCAAAAGACGAAAGUGGCGGUCGUUUCUAAAGAGGGCGAGGCGCAAUGGGACGAAGAAUUGCAGUUCCCUAUAAAAGUGUGUAGUGUCCCGCGAAUGGCAAGGCUCUGCUUUGUUAUAUACGAAAUAUCAAAGGCUAAAAAUAAACGGAGAGGAAAAGAUACAAAGGACGCAAUAAACAGACUAGCGUGGGUCAACACAAUGGUAUUCGACUACAAAGAACAGUUACGUACGGAGGCCGUGACGUUGUUCAUGUGGACGCACGUCGCGGACGAGACGCAGGGUGAUGACGUAUUGUUACACCCCCUUGGAACUGUACUCGCUAAUCCUAAUACUGAUUCGUGCGCUGCGCUACAAGUCAGAUUCUCGAACUAUGACUGCCAACACCCAAUCUUAUUCCCGAAGCAAGAAGCCAUAAAAUCGUAUGCUGACCAACUUGAGAACGGAGCGGAAAUGGCGCAACUGAAUGAAGACUUUGAGAAAUUACGAGUCACCGCCGAAAAGGAUCCCAUGUAUGAAAUGCACGAGCAAGAAAAGAAGGAUAUUUGGGCAGCUAGAGAAUACUUCCAAACGACGGCCCCAGAAUUGCUGCCCAAGCUGCUCUCGUGCGUCGAAUGGACUGAACGGGCAGAGACUGCUCGCGUCGCGAGAAUGCUCUCUAGUUGGCCAAUGUUGCGAGUCGAGUCGUCUUUGGAAUUAUUGGACUAUGCCUACGCGGAUGCGGCUGUACGGAGUUUUGCGGUGGAGUGUUUGGCUAAGAUUAGCGAUGAAGACUUAUUAUUAUAUUUAUUACAACUAGUGCAAGCAUUGAAGCAUGAAUCUUAUCUGAUGUGUGAUCUCGCGAGAUUUUUAUUGGAACGCGCCUUCAAGAAUAGGACUAUUGGACACUACCUCUUUUGGCAUUUAAGAUCAGAAAUGCACGUUCCGUCCGUGUGCGUUCGUUUCGGGCUCGUAUUGGAGGCGUACUGUCGCGGCUGUCAAGAUCACAUCAGCACAUUGACGAGACAGAUCACAUGCCUCGAUAAGCUCAAAUGGGUUAGUCAAGCGAUUCGCAAAAAGAAGGAAAUAUCAAAAGCGCGUGCGGCGCUUCACAUACAUUUGCAAGAAGAACAUUGUAUGGAGCAGUUAUGUGAUUUUGCGUCGCCGUUAACUCCUAGUCUUGUCUGUAAACGGAUAAAACCCGACAGAUGUACAGUGAAGGACAGUAAAAUGCGACCUCUGUUACUGGAGUUUGAAAACGUGGACCCCACGGGAACAGAUAUUAGGAUUAUUCUGAAAAUUGGAGAUGACCUACGCCAGGAUAUGUUUACUCUGCAAAUGCUCAGAAUUAUGGAUAGGAUUUGGAAGAACGCGGGUUAUGAUUUUAGAUUGAACCCGUACAAUUGUAUAUCAAUGGAGUACGCAGUUGGUAUGAUAGAAGUUGUAGAGGAAGCGGAGACAGUCGCCAACAUUCAGAAGCAGAGCGCGCUUUUCAACGCAGCCUCCACUAUAUCCAAGGCUAAUCUUUUUCAAUGGCUCCGGAAACAAAAUCAAAGCGAGAGUGCGUUGAAUAAAGCGGUUGAAGAAUUUACUAUGAGUUGUGCGGGAUACUGUGUCGCGACCUAUGUAUUGGGUAUAGCGGACAGACAUCCAGACAACAUUAUGGUUAAAAAGACUGGACAGCUAUUCCAUAUAGAUUUCGGCCACUUCCUAGGACAUUUUAAACAAAAAUAUGGGUUCAAACGCGAAAGAGUACCGUUCGUGUUAACACACGACUUCAUUCACGUGAUUAAUAAAGGGCAGAGGGGCGGUGUUGGAGAGCAGUUGGAUUUCAAGAUAUUUAAAGAGCUUUGUGAAACUGCCUUCAAAAUACUCAGGAAACACGGGCAUCUGAUACUGUCUCUGUUCUCUAUGAUGAUAUCCACUGGUCUUCCCGAACUCAGCUCCGAAAAGGAUCUUCAGUAUUUGAGAGAGACUUUGGUGAUGGAUCUAUCAGAAGAAAAGGCGAUAGAGCACUUUCGUAUGAAGUUCGUGGAGGCGCAAAAGAACUCAUGGACCACAUCCUUCAACUGGGCAUUCCACAACUUCGACAAGAACAACUGACAGUGAUCCGUGCGACGGCUGAAGAAGCAGCCGUCGAAGUAUACACCACAGACUUUGUAAGAGUGCAAUGACAAAAAUUAUUCAAAAUGAACACCAUAAUGAAAUAGUUUGUCAUAUCAAAACGCGUAUUUAUAACAUGUUAGGUUGUUAUCAAAUCAACAAUCAAAAUACGUUCAGCUGUACGUCAAAAUGGCGUCUUAUUUGUGCAUAAAUACAGGAAAUUCAUUAAUAUGUAAAUAUGGAAUCGUUAUAUUAAAUGAUUAUAAAUUUGGUUUUGCGUAGAUAAACGCGUUUUAAUCCGACAUACAUUUUCUAUAGCUUGAAUGCUAUGUAUGAAUUGAGUAAAGAGCGGUGACAAUUUGAUUUGUCAAAGGUGAUAUUUAGUCUCAUUGAAAUAGCAGCCUUAUCACGACGUAUUAAGGUGCAUUACGUAAACCAAAAUAUUGGCUUAAGACUUAUUGUACUUGUAAAUGGUAUAUUACUCAUAUAUUUGCAUUAUAAUAAUCGAUUUUACGUAUCUGCAACCAAUUUUUAGGUUAAUGUUCGUUUAUUUAUCGAAAAUAAAUAAUUACUCAAAGUUUUAAAUAUUUAUAAUAUUUUUUUCAUACUUUACGACUUUUUCUAUCUCGGCUACUAUUCCUUUAGGACAGUGUUUCCUUAAAUGAUAGUUUUUAGGAAGAAUUUAGUUGGAAAUUGUUAACUUAACACAGUAUUUAGAUUUUAAAACAAAAUGAAUAACUAAAAUUACAAAUAAUUAUUUUAAUAAAUUAUAAAUAUCUGAAUAGAAAAUUUAUCACAUUGCCCCCCUGUGGGGCGUGACCCCCUCUCGCCCCAUUAGGAAACACUGCUAUAGACACUUCAUAUAUUGUUUUAGUAAAUCCGAAAAUAUAAGACUAUACAAUGGCAUAGUAAUAACGAAGAAAGUCGAACAUUCGUUUUCGAGUAGUAAACUACAUCACUUCUCGUUUGUUUGUGUAUUGCGGGUUUCCGAGAGAAUAUUCGUCAAAUGUUACUAUGCCAUAUAAAUAGGCUUUAAAAUAUCACGCGAUUUUACUAUUAGAGACCAAAAUUAUUAAGCGAGUGUGAAACGAUUUUUUAAAGUUCAUAUAAACUAGUACGGCCGUGAAAUGUAUUCCUUAGAUAUUCUCGUUCCUUAGCACAUGUUGACAUUUAACAUAUUUGUAGAUACAAAAAACUAAAAACUGGUUGCAGAAAUGAAUAUAGAAGAAAUUAAAAGUAGUUAUUGAAUUAAUGUAAGGUACUAUUAAUAUUGCAUUCAUUUUAAUAUCUUAGCUUUACGCGUGCCAAAUAAAACUUUUUUGACGGAAACGUGAAUUUGUUAAAUGUUUGAUAAAGAUAAUAAAAACGCUUUAUAAAUAAUCUAAAAAUAUCUCCGUUAAAAAUGUUUUAUUUAAAAAUUGAUAACGUGAAUUACUGAUAUUAGAAGUUAUUUAAUUGGUACAAAAUAGUGUUUCGUUUAUGCUAAAUUUCAAUGGGAAAAUCAUCGUGAAGUUCCAGUACAAAUUUCGACUGAAGACAAAUAUAUCGUUAAAUCUGGAAAUCGCGUAGGGCGCAAAGAUAGCUCUAGAGACGAAAUUUAUAUGCUGAGAAAUUAGUAUAAACAUUAUACAAAAAUUAAUUUUACGGUCGAGUUGUAACCAUGCACGUAAAACGUGAAACGCAGGGCCACGUGAAUGACAGGUGUAUUUUAAUGAUGCUGACAGCUGAAGGGAGAAAGUGCUUUUAACGCUCGAAUCGUCUGGUCGUUCUAGCAUAUCGAUUGGAAAUGAUAAACUUGAUAUACUAGCGACCCGUUAUCGGAUAGAGCGGAAUUUUUCUACCAAAACCAGGGAAAAUUAAAAAAAAAAUCUGUUGUGGUUUUUAUAUGUAGUCAACGAGAGGAAUCAGGCAGACAGAAAACAUUAACAUAAAAAAGUAAAAUUGUCGAUUCAAUUGAAAAAUUUAAUAUAAUCGACACACUAUUUUGUCCGACAGCUAUAGACUCGUUUAUUACAUUAAGGUUUUACCAUUCGUAACUGCUACGAGUCGUCGCUUUUGGUAUUUAUAUCGCGUUAGACAAAUAUAUGUUGGAAUUUGUCGAGCGGAGGUGGUGUGUGGCAGACAUUUUGGCUGUGAUAUGCACGUCUGUUUUAAAUAAUUCUCGGUUUGAAGACGGUGUUUCGAUAUUUUUAGGUAUUUAGAUGUAAUUGAGCAUAUGCUUGGUAGCUUUAGGUGCAUGGAUACUCAAUAUAUUUAAAUUAUUAAUGGAGGUGUUUCUGCCGCCAUCACUCUCUGUUUAAUGAAUGAGUUGUUCGAUAGCUGUUCGUAGAGGUACGCCUUUAGCCACUCGACUUGGGUCAAGAAAGGAACGUACCAACUCUUAAAAGGUCGCUCGCGGGGCCACUUAUCCACGAGCGUGGUUCACUUAAAAUCAGCUGAGUAUCCUGGCAGUUUACCGCCUCUUCUAUAAAAAAAACAUUCUAUGUACGAGGAAGUAAAAUUUGAGGAAACGUGCAUGGUUCGUGUCAGGCACAGGCCUCAAUGCAGAAAUUAGUCGGUCCCAUAGUGUUAGUGUAGCAGUAUUAUAAUGUAGGGUUUUUUUUUUGUAUAACGUCUGACUACCUCAUGGUGUCGUGUACUGAACUUAGGUUUAUUUGUAGCCAAAUACACAAGCGAUCAAAUGAAGCGCGUUAGCUGUAUAAGCUAGCCAGUGGGAUUGUGUAUACAAACAUCAGUUUGUCAUUUACAUAUUAUAAUAUAGAUCUCGGCACGAGGGGAAAAGCUCGCUAAGAUUCAGAGAGGGGUUUAGCACCAAUACUUCUAUAUUUGAUGUUGAAGUCGAUAAUUCGUGCUAAGUCUCAUUUCUGAAUGUCAGAUUCUCGUAUGUCAGAAACGUUUGGGAUUUGACAUACGGGAGUUAUGUCGCGCUGACUAUCUGUUCUGUCAAAAUCCUAUCACCAAUUGACAGGUGGGAGUCUUAGUUUGCACGUAAAUUACGCGUUGUAAAUUGACAACUUACGUGCCGGGAACUAUAAGACAGUAACAUUUUAAGAUUAACAACUGCCAAUUUACGUUUAAGUUAAGCAUUUUCAUAACUUGCUUGAGAUUUAUAAGUAACUAAUUUUCAUACAAAACAUUCUCCAUUCAGACGAACCGUAUAAAAUGUAUUCUUAUAUAGUCUGAGCUAAAAAAAACAUUAAUAGAUUGUACAUUAAAGUGUUUGAAUGUCGAUCCGUAAAUAAUAACAUCAGCAAUUAAUUAUCAAUUAUUGUUAAAUUGCUACAAUGAAAUGAUAAUUUCACCAUAUUUUUUAAUAAUACGAAAUUAUUGCAUCGAAUACUGUUAAUAGUCAAAUUAUUAACUUAUAAUAAAAUUAUACGUAUGGAAUUUCAGGAACAAAUCGUUUCAUAUUAUAAUUAUCUGCCAUAACAAUCGAAUCCGGUCAUAUUUUUGUCGCAUAAACUGUUCGGUGACAAUUAACAGUUUAAAAGUGACGUUUUGUAUUCUAUUGACGUCGAAUGCAAACAAGUAUGCUUCCCUAUAGUGCUAAAUAUCUGAUGAAUUUAUACGAUUUUAUACAAAUAUGUUUGAGUACACGAACUGCGUUUGUGCAAUGUAAAUAUUAUUUAUGUUAUAUAUAUAAGCAUGGGAGCUUGUUAGUUGAAUAUGUGUGAUGGUACUACUGUUUUAUGGCGAAAAUACAAAGAUAUGCCUUAUCGAACGAGAACCAGAAAUGUUUGUUCAAGUUCGUUAAAUUUUCAAUAAAAUAGCAGAACAGUUAUGAGUGUACUUUUAAUUUUUAACGUACAGUAGUGCCAAAAUAUUGAUUGUUUCGUACUGUUGAAUCUGUAUAGAAUUCACCAAAUAAUGCAUGAGAGCACGUGUGAAUUAGUUAAGUUUAUAAUAUACAUUAGCCAUAUAUUUAGAUUUCACGGUACAUCUCAAGUCUGCAUACAAUAGUUCCUUUGUUGUGUCAUUUAUCAUUUACUUACAAGUUACACAAAUGUAAAGCAUAUUCGUUUAAUGUAUAAAUAUAAUAAUUGUAUUUUUAU